CGUGGCUCCGCCCCUUGCCCCGGAAGUACUCUCGGCGGGCGGGGGUUUCUGGGCUUCUUGGGGAACUACGCUUCCUUUUUGUCCGACAUCUUAGCGAGGCUGCAGUGGUCGCCGCUACUCUCCCAGCUUCGCGAUGCCGCCCAAGGACGACAAGAAGAAGAAAGACGCCGGAAAGUCAGCCAAGAAGGACAAAGACCCAGUAAACAAAUCUGGGGGCAAGGCCAAAAAGAAGAAGUGGUCCAAAGGCAAAGUUCGGGACAAGCUCAACAACCUAGUUCUGUUUGACAAAGCCACUUAUGACAAACUGUGUAAAGAAGUUCCCAACUAUAAGCUUAUAACUCCAGCUGUGGUCUCUGAGAGGCUGAAGAUUCGGGGUUCUCUGGCCAGGGCAGCCCUUCAGGAGCUCCUUAGUAAAGGACUUAUCAAAUUGGUUUCAAAGCACAGAGCUCAAGUAAUUUACACAAGAAAUACUAAGGGUGGAGAUGCUCCAGCUGCUGGUGAAGAUGCAUGAACAGGUCCAGCCAACUGUACAUUUGGAGAAAUAAAACUUUAUUAAAUCAAA